GGGGAGGGUAGGGGCAGGGCCGUCGUCGCCCAGCUACGGCUGCAGCGCGGAGCUUGGACAGCCGUAGAGGAGCCCAGCCUCGGCCGCGAGAUCCGCGGCAGGCGCCGGCAGUCGCGCAGCGGGUUUCCUUCCUCCUCACGGCGCCCGGCGCGGGACGGGGCUUCUCGGUGCCCACGUUCCGGCCCGUCCCUGGUUCGUUUUGCUCUCCUGGCAAAAUGAAGGACCGGCUCUCAGAACUUAGGGAGUUAACCAAGCACUAUGACGAGCAGUCCGCAGAUGGGGAUAAUGACUUUGACUUGCCCCACGAGGACAUUGUGUUCGAGACAGACCCCAUCCUGCAGUCCUUGUUUAAAGACAUCCAGGCCAUUCAGAAUGAAGUCCAGCAGCUGAUGGUCGACGUGAAGCGGCUAGGAAAGCAGAACGCCCGCUUCCUCACGUCCAUGCGGAGGCUUAGCAGCAUCAAGCGCGACACCGACUCCAUUGCCAAGGACAUCAAGACCCGGGGCAAUAACAUCUACAGCAAGCUGCGCACCAUAAAGGUGGAGACCGACGCAUCCGAGUCCCACCGCGGUGCCAACUCUGCCGUGGUGCGCAUAGCGCGCGCACACUACAACGUGCUCAUCAGAGCCCUCCAGCACGCCAUGAACGAGUACAACCAGGCCGAGAUGAAGCAGCGCGACAACUGCAAGGUCCGCAUCCAGCGCCAGCUGGAGAUCAUGGGCAAGGACAUCUCGGGCGAGGAGAUUGAGGACAUGUUGGAGGAGGGCAGGUGGGACGUGUUCUCCGAGAACCUGAUGGCCGACAUGAGGGGCACGCGUGCGGCCUUGAAUGAGAUAGAGAGCCGGCACCGCGAACUGCUGCAGCUGGAGAGCCGCAUCUCUGCGGUGCAUGACAUCUUCCUGGGCGUGGCGCUGCUGAUGGAGGAGCAGGCAGACACCGUGAACGUCAUCGAGACCCAGGUGAAGAAGGCCAGGGACUACAUCAGCCAGGCCAAAGUGCGCAUACGCCAGGCCGAGCACUAUGAGAAGAAGAACCCCUGUCGGACCCUGUGCUGCUUUUGCUGUCCCUGCCUCAACUAUCAGUCAGGCCCCCGCCGGAAAACCCUGGGAAGACCUUCUGCGCCCCAGCCUGCGGCGCGUUGCUUACGUCCCUGUGGACCUCAGACUUUAGAGAAGAAAGCGGCUUGAGGCCCAGCAAUUCCUACCCAGCUCACUCUCAGGAAGAUGUCCAUUCGGUCCAAUGUUUCUGCAGGAAGGACAUACACCUGCUAAAGUUGUGGGAGGUCAUUACCUGGCACCUUGCCCUCUUCUCUCUUCCUGAUGCCAAAUAAGGAACUGACACUGUAGCUAACUGUAGGGUCAGUGUGCAAGACUUCCUAAUAAACUCUAGGAGGAAGUCAGUUCUGUGUUGAAUGACAGUAUGAACUUGUUAUGAAAACUUAAAUUAAUUUACACUAUCCUGAACUUUUCAGGAUUCUGUUCAAUUUAAUAUGAAAUUGACCUUGGGAAAAACGAUGUCUUUCAACUUUGGAUUCUUUAUUUGGCUUAUGCUAAGAGAUAUUCCUACCUAGAUACAUAUCUUCUUCUGUUCACCUCCCCUACUUAUUAAAAUGAUAUCUAACAUUCACUAAUUUCCUUAACACUUUCACUUUUAAUAUCUUCCAUCAGAAUAUAUUUUGGGAUUUUUUCCAAAUACUUUUAAGCACUGAGCAUUGAAUAAGCAUUCAAAUUCAAGUAUAUAUCAGUCACAUUUUUAUGUAUUUUUCAUCAAAAAAAAUAAUUUAAGUUGCAUCUUUGUACUUGAUACUAACAAUGCACAUAUGUAUGUAAAUGUAAAGUACUAAUACUAAUACAUGUACAUAACGACCAACUAAUUUAAUGUUGGUAAAUACAUGAAUAUCAAGAUAAAUGUUUUUACUGGUGAUUGGUGUUGGUAUGCUUGUUUUGAGUUUAUCUUAACUCCUGUCUGAAUCUCCAUAGACCAGUUUGGGUCAAAACUUAAUUUUGAAGAACACUGUGUUGAUUGUGUUGGUAAAGACGGAUGUCAAGGCUGAAAAUGCAUACGAAACUAGAGAUAAUAACAUUCUUGGAAAUGUUACUUUUGUUUUUCUGCAACCAUUCCUUUCAUGCACUGAAAUGGAGUAAUUUAAAAACACAAUAAUCUUAUUCUUCAAGUUAGUUUAAUAAACAUUGUUAUAAAUA